AUGAGCUAUCGAUUAUUGUUGCGAGCUCAACCAUUGCACACCGCAGAUCUUCCUCUCAGCAACUGCACUAUUUACUGCAAGGGACCCACAACUCCCUCGCCCCUCAGGCUUCGAGUUCUUGCUACUAGGGCCGGGGCACGCUGUGUCUUCAAGAUGAGCUCAGCUGUCACACACGUGAUUUUAGAUCCAGUAAGGACUCCACAGUGGAAUAUAGAUGAUGCUGGAAUUCAUGUUGUUCAUCCUCGAUGGAUUAUAGAUUGCUUCAAUUCAAACAAGCGUUUAGACGAGCGUAACUAUUUCGCUACCGAUAGUCAUUCGCAGCAACGGUUAGUUGAGAGUGCUCAGUUCGAAACAAUAAAUCAUGACGAGUCGCCAGAUGCAUAUUUCGAGUCUGCAGCCGUUACUAGGUUGCAGGCCAUUGAGGCGUUACUAAAUGAAAAGCUUCCGUCUUCCCCAGAGGAGUUUCUCAACAAAGCGGACUACUAUCAAUGUACUAGAGAGGGAAGGAUGCGAGUGGCUAAGAGUCUAUUGCAAUGGCGUUUUCUGCGCCCAAGAUCCAGAUUGAUGAGCGGAUCGUUCAUAGGAGGCCCAUCCAUUAAAUACAAAAAUGUCGGCGUCACAAAUACAUAUAGGGCAACUCCAAUUGUAUGCAAAAAGCAACAUUUUGAUCAGCAGAUGUCUGCGUGGAAACUCGAAAUGACUGACUAUCUUUUAACGCACCCUCCAACAGGUCCCACUCCAAUACACUCAAAAAACAUGUAUGUCCUUUGUCACGUAUACGUUGAUGCAUUUUUCAUAUCUUCCUCCUUAAGCUUUCUGUCUUCUAAUGAAAGAACACGGUUGAUUGGAGCACCCGUUAUUAUUGCCAACCAAUUUGAUAGCAAGGAAGCCAACGAUGGAGCUAUUAUUCUGGACUGUACCAAGGCUGCCAAGCAAAUGGGAAUUGAAUCUGGUAUGACGGUAGGAGAGGCCUUUGAACGCUGUCCCACUACUCAGGUUCUAAGCUAUGAUACCAAAAUGUAUAAUACUAAAGGUCAGGAGUUAUUUAAAGUUCUUGGCCAGUUCAGCAAAGCUAUCAUGCCCAUGAAUUACAACGAGGCAGUUCUAGAUUUAUCGGGCCACGUUAGUCUUUCUGCAGCUAAUGGUAAUAGUUGCUUAGCACUAGGGUUACAACUGCAACAGCGUGUUCUUCAAGAGACUGGCUUGCAUUGCUCCUUGGGAUUUGGUGACUCCCUCUUUGCAGCUCAAAUUGCCACAAAGCUGGCCGGUUCUAAUGGAAUAUUCUCUGCUACGUCAUCUACCUGUAGAACACUGUUAAUUAAUAGACCUCUGUCUUUUCUUCCAGGCCUUUCUUCAGAGGUAGAGCAGCAAUUUGCUGAACAACUUGGAAUUACCAAGUGUGGAGAGAUUCUAAGUGCACAAAUUGGAGAUAUCUGCCAAAUAAUUAGCGUAGACCAAGCGAAGCAGCUAAUUUCCAUGCUGAAGGGGCGCACUGAUGACGCAUCGAAAGGAUUUUUUCCUGUCAGAACAGAAGGGCUUCAACCUAGAGCUCGCAAGCUUUUCCUCAACACCUUGGAAAGCAAACAGAUACACAAAAAGUCUACAGAAACGCUAUCUUCAAAGGCAUUAAGGCGCCUCAGCAUACUGACUAGACCUCUUCCUGGACAAGUGCACUCUCUACAAGACGAUAUUUCUUUAGACAAAUCUGUGUCUCCAUUGAUCACAGAACUCUAUUUACGAAUGCUACGCAAAAACCUUUCACUGACAUCUGAAACAAAGCUCACCAUCACACUUCAAUUGAAACAGUCCAACCCUUUAGCGAAUGAAAUCCAGAAUGAGCCUAAUACAGAUCACUACUCUAUUACUGCAACUACAGAACUUUUCAAUGUUACUGUUUCUACCACUCCCAAACCAGAUUAUCACAUUCUGAAGAGUGCUGCGAAAAGAUGCGUAAAGGACUUGUGGAGUCAAGUCCCGAAAGGCUUACUUUCUAGAGCAAAUUCUUGCUCAACUCAUCAACGACCUAUAGAGAGGAGCUUCGGGGCUAAACCAUCCUUGCAUCAACAAGGUGCUUUCGACGUUCUAUAUGAAGCUUCUUCAACUCUGUCUCACCUACUGAUAAACACCGGUGUAAGUAAUGUAGCUGAUACUAGUAACCACAGCUCUCAAACGCUAUCUGACAGUGACACACCUGGCGACGCCUUUAAGGAGCAGUGUGAAUCGGAAGCACCCUUGGCCACUGAUCUACCUGGACAUAAAGGCCCUGCAUGUCGCCUAAAUGAAUCGGUGCGGCCACUCACACACUAUACCAAAGCGUACUCCAUGCCUUCGAGGGCAUAUGAGCAUACCUGUCUUUUUAGCACAGACGUGGAGAUGCGUGUAAAAGCUUAUGGUGAUGCAGUCAACCUUAUGCUGAGUCGGGACGUAUCGGGUGAAUCCGCUGAGACGCGCAAAUGGCUUCUGCAGGCUGCUCUACAUAGCUUUGUGGUACAGCUCUGCUCUGAUGGGGAUUUAGAAGGGGUCUUAUACUUGUCUAAGAGAUAUCAAUUUACCAAGGAAACGUGUGACUACGUAAACAUGAGGUUUUCUAAUAAAAUACUAUGA